UGAUGUUUCCUGUCCAUGCAUCCUGUUAGGCUGGAAGAUGCACGACACUCACACCAAUAUUUAGUUUGCCGUGGCAGCCCGAGUGUUUAUAUGCGAUGGAGUGUUUUUUCCUCACCUUUGUCCUCGUCGCCUCGACAUUGUGUUAUCCCGCUCGCGUCGGCGCCAAAGACUGGGAUGAAGUCAUGGUGGGACAAUUGAACCACGCCAUCCUCUUAAUAUGCAUCGAUAGGGAAGCGAAGGGCGCCGUGGACAUCAACUGGAUGGUCAAGCCACUCGGUGCGGAUGACUGGAAACUGGCGCUGUCGGCCAACGAACGCGGAAAAUUCUCCGGCGCCGCCUACCAUCCCUCCAUGCGCCUGGCUGACCCGAACUUCUAUGACACGGGGGAUUUCACUCUAUUCUUCCAACCCACAAUGCACGAUGUUGGCCUUUACAAGUGCUUCAUUAAGCAGCAGGGGAGGAUAGUCAAGACAAAGACAAUACUUGUGGCCUUCAUGUACGUCACCACCACACCGCGCAUCCCCAUCCCUCAGCAGAGCACCCUGAGUCUGAUUGCCAAGCUCACCCCUGAGACUGCCGCCGACCAGGUCACCUGGAUAUCUCCGGAUGGUCGUUCCUUAAAAACGGAGCGGAAGCCCACCGGUGGAAUAGUGGCCAAACUUCCCCAAGUGUCAUACAGCGACGUCGGGCGCUACACCUGUCGCUGUGUGGUGCAUCCUGACGCCGUCUUCGAUUUCACUGUGACCAUCACCGUUGAUGCUCGCAGCGUGGCCUCAUUCACCAACGUAGUGCACGGCCCCUCGAUCUUCACCGCCACUCAGGCCAAGAUGCCCUUCCACCUGACCUGUCCCGGCGUCCAAGGGGACUACAUCCUCCUAUACUGGCUACCACCAAAUUCCACCCUGAGCAAGCUGGUGUACCAGUACGAUCGCUGGAGGGAUACCACUCUGACCACGGCGCAAAGCCAGGAGCUGCAACUGUCCCGCUCGCCCUACAACGCGGAGUCUGGGAUCUUCUCCUUCAUCCUCAAGCCUGGCCUCGAGGAUGUCGGAGUCUAUAUCUGCGACGUGUUCCUGAAUGACCACGCCUUCAGCCAGAGGACCCAGCUGAGCGUGCUGAAAGUGACGACCAGACGCUCGGCCUCCGAGCUGGUUCUGGAGUGUCUCUACAGCGCGCUGUCCGAGGUCCAAAGUGUGAUGUGGGAGCACCACAACAGGACUUACGGGCUGGAAAUGAUGAGCAGCGGCCUUGAAAGUGUGGAGACUUGCAUCCCCUUACCCGUCACCCCUGACACAGCUGGAAACUACACCUGUACCUUGCAGCUAACCAAUGGCCAGACGGUCAGCGCCACACACGUGGUCAAGCAACAAGAGAGCGUCGGCGUCCCUGCACCCUCGCAGCUCUCCCCCCUCUCCGCUUUAUUACUUUUGGCGCCCCUGUUUGCCGCGGCUGUUGCUGUGUUGCUAUGGAGACAGAAGCACAUCUCCAAUCGCGCUAUUGAGCAGUCCCUGUCCAUGCAUUCAGGCGAGGCGGAGAACAUCUAUGAGAAUCCCGAAGAUGUCAGACAGGUGGCUCCUCCGGGUUCGGUCUACAUGUCUAGACCGCCACAUGCGGAAGAAGAAAGGACAUGCCCAGAGGAAACUCGCUUCGAGGCGAAAGUAUCGCCACUGGACGAAGCAACCUCGAGUGCCUUCAACUGCAACAUGAAAGAAUAUGGCCCGUGGUCACAGGAGAAAGUGGAGGAGAACAAAGACAGUGAUCUCCAGCAGAUUUCCACCAGAUCAGAGGCCCACGCUUUGAGCACGGGUGGCGGCGGCAGAAAACCAAUUAGAAGAGGUGCCACCGCCUACCGGGACUACGCGAAUAUGUCCGCGGACGCUGAAGCUAUCAAAGUGAUGUGA